GACCGAGAGGGCAGCGCCGCAGCCAGUCUGUUCCCGCGCGUCCUGCGACUCCGUGGCCUCGCACCCCUUCGACCCCGCAGCAUGUCCGUCAAGAAGAUUGCGAUCUUUGGCGCCACCGGCAUGACCGGGCUCCCCACCCUGGCGCAGGCGAUGGAAGCAGGUUAUGAAGUGACAGUGCUGGUGCGGGACGCCUCCAGGCUGCCCUCGGAGGGGCCCCAGCCAGCCCACGUGGUUGUGGGCGACGUCCGGCAGGCGGCCGAUGUGGACAAGACGGUGGCUGGGCAGGAUGCUGUCAUCGUGCUUCUGGGCACCCGCAAUGACCUCAGUCCUACCACAGUGAUGUCCGAGGGCGCCCGGAAUAUUGUGGCGGCCAUGAAGGCCCACGGCGUGGACAAGGUCGUGGCCUGCACCUCGGCCUUCCUACUAUGGGACCCAGCCAAGGUGCCCGCACAGCUGCGGGAUGUGACCGAUGACCACAUCCGGAUGCACAAGGUGCUGAAGGAGUCGGGCCUGAAGUACGUGGCCGUGAUGCCGCCACACAUAGCCGGAGACAAGCCGCUGACUGGGGCCUACACAGUGACCCUGGAUGGACGAGGGCCCUCGAGAGUCAUCUCCAAACACGACCUGGGCAACUUCAUGCUGCGCUGCCUCACCACCGAUGAGUAUGACGGCCACAGCACCUACCCCUCCCACCAGUAUGAUUAGGGCGCCGGCCCACCCAGGAAGACAGCAUCCUUGGAAAUGGAGAACAAAGGAAAGGAGCAAUAAAUCUUGAACCAAGAGCUUCCAAUUAUUC